AUGAACCCUAACCAAUCGCAUGGGCAGGGAGCCCAGAAAAUCCCUUCCCCGCCAAAUGCUCGCAGUCCACUUUCCCCAGGCAGUGGUAGUAGCGGAACCCCGAUCUCAUUCCAACCGAACGUCAAUCGCUCCAAAACAAAACGCUGGGUAGAAGCUAGGCAAUACUCUUAUGAUGGUGGUGACUGGGGUGAUGAGGAGGAAGACGAAGAGGAGGAGGAGGAAGCGCCUCCUGCUGUACCUCGGGCUCCUUACGCUACCCAGAACAAUGGUAGUUCGUCCGAGUUGCUUUCGAGACGAUUGUCUGGGCUCCCAUUUGGAACUGAUGAGUCGGCUUCGGUUGCCAGGAAACCUAGUGGAGGAGACCAGAAGACACUACCCUUUGUACGCCCAGCUGAUCUGUACAAACGAAUGCGGGAGGAGAAAGCGGCUCAGUCUCCCAUCACUGAUGGCAAUGAUCCAACGCCAAACGGCUCUGAAGCCCCGCCUCAAAUAAAUCAGCAAGCGGCCUCAGUCGACCCCAGUCAGCCAGCAAAUACGAAUAUGGAAUCCCACGAGCCUGCCUUGCAGCACAAUACCUCUUCGGGGUAUCGAUCAGUUGUCAAUCAGGCCUUUGAUGUCCCAGAAACUCCACAAUCUACCACCACCAGUGUUGAGCGGUCGGACAGUGAUGGCACUUCAGCGAUCAGCCCUAUCAUAGGCAGUCGCAAUAUCAAUGAUGAUCGAACACCCACUAUCCUCGAGGAGCCAAAUGAAAAUAGUCCCCCCAAGGAAAAUACAAACGCCGGACCUGUGUUCACUCCUGGACACCGGCGGGACCUCAGCCUUCCCAGUUCAGACAAUAGUCCUUCAAGGCGACCCCAAGUCACAGACCAAGAAACACCAACGGCAGACCGAGCAGAAAUAUCGGAUCUAGGUCUUCCCCAAGCCAACUCGGGGAUUUAUCAAACCCGAUAUCCAAAUAAUGGCGAUUAUUUGCCCGCCCCUCUCAAAAUUGGAAGCGCAUCUGAUCCUGACAGCUUUCAUGGCGACAUACCCACGAUUAUGGGGGCGGAGGAGUCGCCGCAGAAUGCUGAUAACGACCGCUUAAGGGAAGAGAUCAUCCAAUCACUGAGCCGAGAAGCCACUCCCUCAGAGGAUCCGGACCAGAGCAAGGACCCUCAGUCGCAGGGCCCUGCUCAGUCGAUUCCGAACCAGUUUGAGAAAUAUUGGGAGGGUCAACCAGGGCUAACUCCGACGCAAACUUCCAAGGGUCUGGUCUCUGACGAUCAUCCAGACUGGACGAACCCACAUCCUCUAGCACCUCAAGAUCCAUACGCAACCAGCCAAGCUAACUCUUCAUCGACCGCUGUUAACCAGCCAAAGAAGGCCAAGUUAGAACGAAGAUUUUCUUGGGAAUCCUCUGAUGCUGAAGAACCCGAACCUCAAGUUCCUGGCAGUUAUUCAUCGCCCCCUCCUCUAGGCACAUCACUGGCCAUGCAAGAGCCUCAACCAAUUGCCGAAGAGGUUGCCCCAGUGGAACCGAAUGUGCCUGUGCCUCGCGACCUGCCUGCAUCUGAUAAUGAAGUUUCCGAAACCGAACGCGUUGAAAGGCCUCGACUUUCCAUCAUCCCGCCUGUGCCUGAAAAUAUCUCGCCACCGGAGCAAAUUUUGGGACCAGGUACUACGCCGACUCAGCAACCCCAGGUCCCUUCAAUUGUCAAAAAUGAAUCUCUUAAUGAAUCUCAACUAUUGGGCUUCCGUGACAUCAUUGGUAUUACAUCUAUCAACCAGCGCAUCAAAUCUUUCGAACACACUCGCGACCAGUUCGCCACUCUUGAUACUGGAUUGAAUCAAUGGCUUCAGUUCAUGGUUCAUGAACACUCUGAGCACACUGAUGUGGUUGCGCAGAGCAAGACCCUUUCCCCUAUCAUGCCACAAUCAUCUCCUUCCAGAAGCAGGUUCCCUAAAUUGCCUUCUCUUUCCAAUCUCGGCUCCUCGAAUGAUGGUACUCCAACUAGCGCCAGUCACGUCCGACGCCCGUCAGGCCACAUUGGGUCUGUGAUGAACCGGCAGAAUGUUGGAGACAAAGGAAAGGAGUUCCUUCACACUGCAGGAGCAUUUAGUGGCAAGGCAAGCGGAGCAGCGAAGGGUUUGUUUGCCAAAGGCAGAAGCAAAUUCCGCCCUAGUGGAGGGUCCGACAAGGGUCAAUCAACCCCGAGUGCUUCUCGACGCAGCUUUCAGUUCCCUUUCCCUUCAGGGUCGGGUGAUGUGUCUGAUAACUCUACUUCGCGAAACUCUGUCUCAUUCGGCAGUCUGCCUAUAUUCAAAUCCGGGAGAACUGGAGGCCCUGCUCCCAAUUCUGGUCCAAUAGGUAUCAAUUCCUCUCUAGAAGGUUCACAGGAUGAGAAUAUUUCCCGCAAACGUGUUAGGGUGGCCAAAUCGGGGGAUAACUCAAUGUCGCACAACUUCGUUGGCGAAACGGCUGUACAACCGACACACUUGUCAGCUACCAACGGUGUCCGGCCUAAGACUGGAAAUUCUGACAGGUCUGAGUUUGCGGAAGGUUUGGAACAGGAGAUGAUUGCUGCGCUUGGCCUUUCACCCACGGAGCCUCAACCACACCGGUCGGUAAGCACGCCCAUGGUUCUGACCCCUGGCCGAAUGAACGGUGAGAAUAAGCGACCUGUGGAACCGCCGCGAUUGCCGGAGACCAAAAUGACCGGGAUGCGUUCUGUCAGUGAUAUGCCAGCGAGAAAAGCGUCGGUAGCCGAUAAGGGGCUGCCAAUAAUUCCGAUUGAGCCCUUUGAUGUCUCUAGUUUGGGUUUGGGCAGCCAGAUGGAUCCCCCAAGUACAAGUACCCCAGAGAUCAUUGUCCCAUCAAUCCGUCCAGUGCUUGACGAAAGUACCAAGCCACCCUCGCCACCCUCAAACGGUAUUGAUGACGGACUUACACCUGGUGGGCAUCAUAUACGUCAGCCCUCGGUCUCAACGCUCGGUCCUGAUGAAGAAACCGGAAGACGCACCUCAGAAGGCGAUGCAUUUGACAGGGAUCCUCCCUCUCCCUUGCAGCCAUCACAGACCGAGAUUGAGCCCGAGUUUGAAUCCCAGCAAAAGGUCGAAUGCCCUGUGAACGGCCAAUUUACUCCGAGUGUUGAUUAUAACCCAUCUACCACCGAGGAUGAACGACCUUUGGUUCCUUUCUACCCGUCGGAAUCCACGUCCUCUGCUGAGAUCCUCGAAACCAAGAGGAAAUCAAUCAGCGGCUUACCUCCAUCAGUCCCAGGAGUGCAUAGCCCCUUGCGAAACGAAGUCAGAUACUCCCCGGGAACUAGGAGCAGUAUGCUGAGCUUUGGGAGCUUUGGCAGUUUUGGUAAACAAAGCGCCAAUAUCAAGGGAACUCGCCCAGUCACUCCCGCCAGCGGCCUAUCGCAAUUCUCGCGGUCGGGGUCUGUCGCUGAAAACGAGGAGUCUACAUUUGGGAAACUCAAGAAUUUUGGGAGGCGACGACGAGCCUCGGUGGGAGACCUCCUGUCUGGUAUUCAGCUGAAGGGACCUCAUGCACCGCCUGAAAGCCAACGAAAGCGUGCGCUUAGUAGAAUCAGCGGAAUAUUUGGCCGGCAAGCCUCUCAAACUCCGGAACGCAACCUGCACACGAGAACUACCUCGGAGCCGCUGCAGAACAAAGAUUUACCGGUACCCCCGAGUCACACUCUUGCUGUGCAGGAUCAACCGCCGGUCCUCAACAAUCCGUUCGAACAAAAGCCUUUACCAAUCGAUCCUCCAGAAAUUACUGCGCCGCCACCAAGCGACGCUAGGCCUACGGCUCGUGAAACUCCUCAACGAGCUGGUGUAUCGCUCCCGCCCAGUUCAUCAAAUAAUUCCAUGUUGACGGGCUCUUAUCACAAUAGAGCACUCAGCCAGCCUCUCACUGGGAAAUCUCGGUCCCCCUCUCCCAUGUCACUUCAUCAAACUCGAUUGACACAACCACUGUCACCGCUAGAAGAAUUGCAAGAUCAUCAGGCACGUCGAUUAGAGGAAGAACAGCAAACCCUAAAACUCCAGCCAGACGACAACACAGAUCCAAGUCUCGGUCCAUUGAACGAGAACCAAGAACAAGAGGAGCAAGAAGAACACAAGGACCGAAUGCUCGAAGAACACCUCCGACACGAGCUACACGGGGAUCCAUCCCCGGUUCCGACCCCAUCGCAGCAAUCUGGCGCGCUACCGAGCAAGACCGAACAAACCCUCAGUUCCCAGCUCAGCGUCCGAUCCCGAAAACCGGUGGUGUCGGACUCGGCCUCCCCGGCUGCUGAAAACCGUGCCGUUUCGAGGGUCUCCAUGUCAUCAUCCCAUCCUCAUCGUAGCGAGGACACGGCGAGAGUUGUCAAUGAUUCACCUGAGCCUGUAGAACUUGCUAUAACGGCUGACGAUUCCAGCGAGGAAAUAGUUAUGUCCCCCACUGCAUACCCGGGACAGGAGUGGACGCCAAUGCAUUUGUGA